AUGAGGCUUGCCGCUGGUGUCGGUACUGGAAAUUCUACAGCGAAGCAUGCCCGAUCAGUGGGUGAUCUUUUUUCAUCAGGAGUAUUCAACAAUCCAAAUGAAACUUCAGAGACUGCGAUGCACAACAAAGCCAAACGAACUGGAUUAACUCUGGGAUGUGAGAUGAGCUAUCACGAUUUGCCCAUUUGCACUGGGUAUGAUGAUGAUGGGGUCCCGGUGAUCGAGAUGAAGCCCUGGCCCUUCCUGCUUCCAAACCAAAUGGCUCAAGCGCUACUGGAUGAUGGCUUCUUGGAUAUCCUUGUGGACCUAAGCAAGAUGGAUGAAUAUUGGGCCCACAUGCUUCAGGAAUACCCUGGACAUCCUGUAAUGGAUCUCGAGAUGUACUGCAUGCACUUUAAAGGUGAUUGGAAAUACAUCUGGCAGCUUUUUUCACUGACCCGCUAUGCAAACAAAGAGCAGGUCUGCUGGAAAUGUGCAGCGACAAAGGGGACGAGCGAUGUGAACAUGUCGUACACCAACAUUGCCCCAACAGCACCGUGGCGUGACACGAUCUAUGAUGGAAGCAUUCCAUGGGAUGAACAACCAUCACUGAGCAAGCUCCCGGGCUUUGAUUUGAGGAUGAUUGGCCUAGAUAUAUUGCAUAUUUUCCAUCUGGGUGUGGGCCGAGAUUUGGUUGGUAGCACUGUACGUGUUCUGGCACGGCUACGUUUUUGGCGUGGAAACAACCUGGAUCAACAGUUGGCAUCGGCAUCGGUCUCGCUGAGAUCCUUUGCGCGUCAGUUUCGCUUGCCUCUUCGCUUGAAACGCUUGACCAAAGUGAAUUUAAACUGGAAAUCAAAUGAGGACCCGGAAGUUCACUGCAAAGGAUAUGAUACAUUUGUGCUUCUCAAAUGGCUGGAAGCAGAGAUGGAGGCGGGUGGGCGGGCAGAAGUUCCAUCAGCUCUUCGAACUCUGGUGUGGGCAUCGAACAAUGUUUUUGGAUUGCUGGCAAAUGCUGGUAUGUUUCUGACUCCGCAACAACAAGACCAAGUGAAAACUGUUGGAAAUCUUCUCAUGCACACAUACUUGGGACUGGCAGCUGCUGCACUGGAGCAAGGAGAUCGCCUGUGGAAAAUCAGGCCCAAAUGGCACCUUUUACAUCACCUUUUCUUGGAAACGGACAGAGCUUCAGCCUACAACUUUCACUAUCUCAGCACGUGGAUGGAUGAAGAUGGGGUCAAAAAAUGGAUGAACCUCAAAAAAAAAACGCAUCCUUUUCGAGCGACGGAGAGGACCAUAAACCGAUGGCUUUUAGGCCUGCGCCCCAAAUUGGAAGCCAUCUUGGCAGAGUGUCUGGAAAAAAGUAAAAGCCGCGAACCUUUGAAGCCACGGGUGUUUGUGUGUUUUUUUUUGCUGGUCUUGGGAGCAAAGACCCAAAACCCACCAGGUUUGAAACCACAUGAAACCACAAAUUUUGUUUGA